ACCAUCUGCCCUUGAAGCCGGGAGGGGAGGCCACGAAGCAGCAAACCCUUAAUGUAAAGCCAGCCCGUCAAACCUCAACCUCCAGCGCGCGUUAUGUUUAAGACACCGGAUCGCCUCCUUCCUUCAGUUACCUACAAUGCUCACGCGAAUUUGGAGAGGAUUGGAGAGGUGUAGGACUCAGCGCGUCCAGACGGAUUCCCAGUAAUCCCAGUGGGAUUGGGAGACUUUACAGCGGCUCGUUGGAAUUUGGACAGCGGCCAGAUCGAACCAGAGCGUUGAAGUAUUUGGAUCUAUGAGGUUUUGCUGCCGGCGGGAGAUAGGUUUGAGUUCUCUGGGGAAGAAUGGAGCUCCGGGGAUGCAGCGAUCUCCGACUGGUGUGUGACUGGUGCCCAUGCUGAGGCCGGCACUGCACCCUCGCCAUCCGCCCCGAGCCUGUGUGUGCGCUCCGCCCGGGGACCAUGCGCUCCGGCCCCAUGCCUGUGCUGCAGCUGGCCGCCCUUAUCUACUCUCUGCUGCCGGCCCGGACCCAGUACAACAGCUGCAAGUCGCUGGUGAACACCGGUGACGCCGGCCCUUCUUGGGAGUUUUACGCGUGUCAGCCGAGACCUGUGUCCAUGAAGCAGUUCCUGAGGGUGAAGGUGGAGCCGGAGGGGGUGACCUGUGGAGACCCUCCCGAGCGCUUCUGUGCCCUGGGCAAUCCCUACAUGUGCUUUAGUGAAUGUGAUGCUUCGAACCCAGACCUGGCUCAUCCCCCCAAACUAAUGUUUGAUCAGGAAGAUAAUGGACCUGUAACUUACUGGCAAAGUGUCACCUGGAGUAAAUACCCGGAACCUCUCCUAGCCAAUAUCACCCUGUCCUGGAACAAGACCAUCCAACUCACUGAGAAUAUCGUCAUUACCUUUGAGGCAGGCCGGCCCACCACGAUGAUACUGGAGAAGUCCCUAAACUAUGGAAGGACAUGGCAGCCUUAUCAGUACUAUGCAGAAGACUGCAUGGAGGCUUUCAGAAUGGAGGCCAAAAAUGUUCGUGAUCUCUCACCCGUGACAGCCCUCCAGAUCAUCUGCACUGAAAACUACUCCAAGUGGGUGGGCUUUGAAAAUGAGAAGAACUUGCACUUCGAGGUCAAAGAACGCUUUGCCAUUUUUGCAGGCUCAUUCCUCCAGAAUAUGGAAGGUCUGUACAAGAGAAUGGACAUUAACAAGGGCGUAAGGGACUUUUUCACAUUAACAGACCUUCGCAUUAGGCUGAUAAAACCUGCAACUGGAGGGACAUUUGUGCAGAGGAAAUACUUAAACAAGUACUUCUACGCGAUUUCUAAUGUUGAAGUUGUGGGCAGGUGUAAGUGCAACAUGCACGCAAACAGCUGCUACUUCAAGGAGGGGAAUUUGAUGUGCGAGUGUGAUCACAACACGACAGGCCAAGACUGUGGAAAGUGCAGGAAGAACUAUAAAGCCAAGUCAUGGCGACCAGGCAGCUACAGCCCAUACCCAAUGGGAACAGCCAACAGCUGUGUGGCUGCCAGUUCUGCUUAUGGCAACUGUGAAUGCUACGGGCACUCCAAUCGCUGCAGUUACAUAGAUUAUCUCAAGAUCGUGACUUGCGUUAGCUGCAAACACAACACCAGGGGGCAGCAUUGCGACCAAUGCCGACUGGGCUACUAUCGCAACAUUUCUGCUGAACUGGAUGAUGAGAAUGUCUGUAUUGUAUGCAACUGCAAUCAACACGGCUCAAGGCACGAUCGCUGCAAUGAGACGGGACACUGUCAGUGUAAAGAAGGGGCGACGGGCUUGAAGUGUGACGAUUGCAAGCCAGGAUACCACUGGAGACAAGGCUGCUUCCCAAACAUCUGUGACCAUGAACUCUUGCUGUGCCAGAACGGCGGGACCUGCCAUCAGAACCAGCGCUGCAUCUGCCCCAAGGGUUACACGGGCGUCCUGUGUGAAGGCGGCAGAUGCGACCCACAGGACGAGGAUUGCAACGCGGCGUCCAGCUCAUCCCUCGGCCCGGCCACUGUGCUGCUCUCCGCCCUCACACUGCUGCUGGCCGCUCCGUGCUCCUAGUCAACCGGCGUCUGUGGGUCAGUCUCAGGCCCAGGGUAUUCAGCCUGCCGAGGUGCUUCAAGAGCGGGAAGGCUCCUGCGAUGACUCCGCGCCGCACCAAUGAAAGGGCACUUUCAAAGCUCCAUGUUUUCUACCGGUGAUGAUGACGAGAGUAUCCAAGUUGACACAUGUCUGUACCGUAUCCCACAGUGAA